AUGAUCACACUCCAGCUUAAAACAAAUAUUAGUUCCAAGGCUAGUUAUUUAUCUCCCGCAGAUUAUAAAGACAUUAUGCAAUACCGUGAUAUGAAGUCCAAACCUUUAGCUCAGCUAACAGUCAUUUCAAGCAUGAACAUUAUGGAUAAACAGAAUGAGAAGCGGAUCCUGAAGAAAUCAUGCCAAACUGAAAGACCAAAGGAAGAAUUUUAA